CUGCCCAUGACAGCCAUGCUCGACUUCUUCACUAUCUUCUCCAAGGGCGGGCUUGUGCUCUGCUGCUUCCAGGGCGUGAGCGACUCAUGCACUGGACCCGUGAAUGCGCUGAUUCGCUCGGUCCUGCUGCAGGAACGGGGAGGUGACAAUUCUUUCACCCAUGAGGCACUCACUCUCAAGUAUAAACUAGACAACCAAUUUGAGCUGGUGUUUGUGGUUGGUUUUCAGAAGAUCCUAACGCUGACGUCUGUAGACAAACUGAUUGGUGAUGUGCACUGGCUUUUCCGAGACAAGGACCACAGGGAGAUCCAGCAGCACAGUGGCCCGAGUCUACUGAAUGGCACCUUUGACUUCCAGAAUGACUUUCUGUGGCUUCUUCGGGAAGUGGAGGACAGCAGUAAGAUCCGCGUUCCUGCUACCAAGAAGAAAUUUGAAGAUUCUGAAAAGGCCCAAAAACCUGUGAGAUCCAUGAUUGAGACACGGGGGGAGAAGCCCAAAGAGAAAGUAAAGAACAAAAAAUAUGGGACCUAAAAGGAAGGUUCUGAUGGCUCUUUGGCCACCAAUAAAGCAGUCCCAGUGGACAAGUCGGGUCUCCCAGUGGGGCCAGAGAAUGGAGUGGAACUUUCCAAAGAGGAACUGAUAAGCAGGAAGAGAGAGGAUUUCAUCCAGAAGCAUGGGAGGGGUAUGGAGAAGUCGAGCAAGUCCAAGUCAGAUGCUCCAAAGGAGAAGGGCCAAAAGGCACCCAAGGUGUGGGAACUUGGUGGCUAUGUUAACAAGGAAGUCCUGGAUUACAGUCCUCCUAACAACAACGGAACCCCUGAGGCUGCCCCCUUGUCUGAGGACAUCAACUUGAUUGGAGGGACUGGGCCUGGGGGGCAGCUUCAGGAUCUGGACUGCAGCAGCUCAGAUGAUGAAGGGGUCUCUCAGAACUCCACCAAACUGAGUGCUACCAAGGGGACUCUGGGUGGCAUGUUUGGGAUGCUGAAGGGCCUUGUGGGUUCCAAGAGCUUGAGUCGCAAAGACAUGGAAUCUGUACUGGACAAGAUUCGUGACCAUCUUAUUGCUAAGAAUGUGGCUGCAGACAUUGCUGUCCAGCUCUGUGAAUCUGUUGCCAACAAGCUGGAAGGGAAGAUGAUGGGGACAUUCAGCACGGUGACUUCCACAGUAAAGCAAGCAUUACAGGAGUCCCUGGUGCAGAUCCUGCAGCCACAGCACCGCGUGGACAUGCUGAGGGACAUAAUGGAUGCCCAGGGUUGCCAGCGCCCUUAAGUUGUGAAUUUCUGUGGUGUGAGCAGAGUGGAGAAGUCUACCAGUCUUGCCAAGAUUUCUUUCUGGCUAUUAGAAAAUGGCUUCAGUGUGCUUAUAGCUGCCUGUGACACAUUUCUUGCUGGGGCUGUAGAGCAGCUGCAUACACAUACUUGGCAUCUGAGUGCCCUACACCACCCGGAGAAGCAUAGUGGUCGCACUAUGGUGCAGUUGUUUGAAAAGGGUUAUGGCAAGGAUGCUGCUGGCAUUGCCAUGGAAGCCAUUGCCUUUGCACGUAACCUAGGCUUUGAUGUGGUGCUGGUGGACAUGGCUGGCCGCAUGCAAGACAAUGCCCCUCUGAUGACUGCCAUGGCCAAAUUCAUAACUGUCAAUACACCUGACCUGGUGCUGUUUGUGGGGGAGGCCUUAGUAGGCAAUGAAGCCGUGGACCAGCUGGUGAAGUUCAACAGAGCUUUGGCUGACCAUUCAAUGGCUCAAACACCUCGGCUAAUUGAUGGCAUUGUCCUCACCAAAUUUGACACCACUGAUGACAAGGUGGGAGCUGCUAUUUCUCUGACAUACAUCACAAGAAAAUCCAUCGUCUUUGUGGGCAUUGGCCAGACCUACUGUGACCUACGCAGUCUAAACGCCAAGGCCUUCAUGAAGGCUUAA